CUCCGCCUCUCGCUCUCAUGGCCCUCAGCACGCUGGGCUGGCAGCAGCGCGGCAGAGCCGGCCAGCGCCCGGCUAGGGAUCAAGGCUGGGAGCAGGAGGCUGGAAGGUGGCGAUGGAGGCCAUUCGGGGAGCUGUGGGGGGACCCCAGCUGCUGCACUUAGGGGCUGGGGUCAUCACUCUGCUGAUGACGGUUGUGGCCAUCUGCUCCCUGUCCUCGCUGAGGGAUUACUGGAGGCUGUGGUGGGUGAUGAAGCCGAUCCCGGGUGUCAGCCCCUGCCUUCCUGUGCUGGGAAAUGCUCUACUCUUGGAGCGGGAUGGACAAGGUUUUUUUAGACAACUACAAAUUUAUGUUGAACAGUUCAGGAGUUGGCCAUUGUUCAAACUUUGGCUAGGACCGUUACCUAUCACGAUUUUGUAUCACCCUGACAGUGUGGAGGUUAUUCUGAACAGUUCGAAACACAUAGAAAAAUCGUACCUGUACCAUUUCCUGCAUCCAUGGCUGGGCACUGGACUUCUGACGAGCACUGGAGACAAGUGGCGGUCACGGAGGAAGAUGAUAACUCCCACGUUCCACUUUGCAAUCUUAACUGACUUUCUAGAGGUUAUGAAUGAGCAAGGAGGUAUUUUGUUGGAGAAACUUGAGAAGCAUGUUGACAAGGAACCAUUUGAUAUCUUUCUAGACGUUACUCUGUGUGCCCUUGAUAUCAUUUGCGAAACGGCGAUGGGCAGGAAUGUGGGCGCUCAGGAGAAUAAGGAUUCUGAGUACGUUCGUGCUAUUUACAGGAUGAGCGAGCUCAUCCAGCAGCGACAGAAGAGCCCUUGGCUUUGGCCUAAUCUUCUUUAUAUGCUGUUCAAGGAAGGAAGAGAGCAUGAGAGGAACCUCAAGAUCCUUCACAAUUUUACAGAUACAGUCAUUGCAGAAAAAGCUGCAGAACUUGAAAAAACCAAGGAAACGAAGGGCCAUGCCAAUGGCAACUGUGGAGAAAGUGGCUCCAAAAAGAGACGGGCUUUCCUGGACAUGAUGCUGAAUGCAACAGAUGAUGAAGGGAACAAAUUGAGCUACAGGGACAUUCGUGAGGAAGUGGAUACUUUCAUGUUUGAGGGCCAUGAUACAACAGCAGCUGCUAUGAACUGGGUCCUGUACUUACUUGGACACAAUCCUGAAGCCCAGAAGAAGGUUCACAGAGAACUGGAUGAGGUGUUUGGCAACACCGAGCGUCCUGUUACAGUGGAUGAUUUGAAGAAGCUUCAAUACCUUGAAUGUGUUGUGAAAGAAGCCCUUCGGCUCUUCCCUUCAGUUCCACUGUUUGCCCGUACCUUGAGAGAGGAUUGCUGUAUUAGAGGAUAUCAAGUACCUAAAGGCGCAAGUGUUCUUGUCAUAACUUAUGCCCUGCACAGAGAUCCUGAGAUCUUCCCUGACCCGGAUGAGUUCAGGCCUGAGCGAUUCUUGCCUGAAAAUUGUAAGGGAAGGCACCCGUACGCUUAUGUGCCUUUCUCAGCUGGUCCCAGGAACUGCAUUGGUCAGCGCUUUGCACAAAUGGAGGAGAAGACUCUUCUAGCCCUCAUCCUGCGGCGUUUUUGGGUGGAAUCAUGUCAAAAGCUGGAAGAGCUUGGUAUAACUGGAGAACUGAUUCUUCGUCCAAGUAAUGGCAUCUGGGUUAAGCUGAAGAGGAGGCCAAACGCUGGGCCGGAAUGAAAGGAAAUUCAAGAUUUUAUUUUUCCAAAAACUUCCGAGCUAUUUAGGCUGAGAUACGUUUUUAAAUCAGAUAUUUUGAUUGCAGUCCAGCAAUUCAUUGAACCUAAAGUUUUUACUGAUUGUUUCAUUAAAGAAGAUAUUGUAAUAGCCCUAAGUUGCUCUGCUUUUCUAGUACGUGCGAACUUCAUGUUCAUCUUUGAAGUGCAAGUUUUAAACAUCAAAUCUUAGUGCCUUAUGUACUUGGAUGAAACUAUUCUAUUGCAACAGUGCAAAACCCCCUUAAAUUAUGGUAGUAACAACAGUAGUACCUGUGAUGGAGUCAUCUGGUUAUAUUUCAUAGCAUUUGCGAGGUAACUGAUAGUCUCAAAUCUUUGUAUUGUUUUCAGGUUUCUUUGGUUCUGGAAGGUACAAGUGAUCAAUUCUUCCACUUGGCACAAUUUUUAUUUUUUUUUCUGUGUCGGUGAUGACUGCAUCUAUGAAGACAAAGCAAAAAUCUCUGAUAGUUUCACUCCUCCUUUGUGAGCAUUUACAGUAGUUCUUAAGUAGUGGGUGUGGUGAAUUAUUUUUUAGCAAAGUGUACCAUAAGCAUGAAUCUGUAUAAUCAUACCAUCAACUAGAUAGUGCGCAAAUCACACGCAGGAUUUCAUGAUGACAGAAACACUGUAUUGUCGCCAAUAUUGAGAAUAAACUUCUACUGUGCCUCAA